CAGCUCGCGCCGGAAUCGGGAACGGCUUGUGGCAGCUGGAGACACAGGUCACUAUUUUGAAGACAAUGUCUGGAAGUUUCUACUUUGUAAUAGUUGGUCAUCAUGAUAAUCCAGUCUUUGAAAUGGAAUUUCUACCUUCUGGAAAAGUAGAGUCCAAGGAUGAUCAUCGUCAUCUCAACCAAUUCAUAGCUCAUGCUGCUCUUGACUUAGUAGAUGAGAAUAUGUGGCUGUCUAACAACAUGUACCUGAAAACAGUAGACAAAUUUAAUGAAUGGUUUGUUUCUGCUUUUGUCACUGCAGGUCAUAUGAGAUUUAUUAUGCUUCAUGAUGUAAGACAAGAAGAUGGAAUUAAAAACUUCUUUAAUGAUGUCUAUGACUUGUAUAUAAAGUUUGCAAUGAAUCCAUUCUAUGAACCUAAUUCUCCUGUUCGAUCGAGUGCAUUUGACAGAAAAGUGCAGUUUCUUGGGAAAAAACAUCUUUUAAGCUGAAAUAAAGAGAUUUCAUUUUAUUUCAUAAAUAUCUGAACUGUAACUAACAUGGUAAGUUUUCAGCAUGUUUGACAUAUCUUUUUGAAGAUUUGAGAAGUCUUGAGCCACCUCCAAUUUCUUUUCUGGACAC